ACUAUUAUAGUACCAACACUUCCUUCUUCCUUCUUCCUUCCGCGUUCAUCAUUUUAGUAUUUUCCUCACCGCCGAAAUGUCGCCACCGCCGGAGCACGUACCUCUCCUGCCGAAGAUGAAGCCGGCCAUAAAAACCGCGUCAGUCUCCGGCGCCGUGUUCAAUGUCUCAACGAGCAUAAUCGGCGCCGGAAUCAUGUCGAUUCCAUUCACUCUUAAGGUCCUCGGCAUAAUCCCAGCCGUCGUCGUAAUCAUGCUUGUGGCUUUCAUGACCGACUUAUCCGUGGAGCUUUUACUGAGAUUCACUCACUCCGGUGACUCAACGACUUACGCCGGCGUAAUGAAGGAGUCAUUCGGCCCGAUUGGUUCGGUUGCAACGCAAAUUUGUGUCAUGAUUACAAAUCUCGGAUGCUUAAUCAUGUACUUGAUUAUAAUAGGGGAUGUGUUGUCUGGAAAUAAAGGAGGAGAAGAAGUGCAUUUGGGAGUACUACAACAAUGGUUUGGAAUUCAUUGGUGGAAUUCGAGAGAGAUUUCAAUUCUUUUCACCGUGGUCUUCAUUCUAUUUCCUCUCGUUCUUUAUCAACGUGUUGAUUCAUUGAGAUUCAGUUCGUUUGUAUCGGUUGUUUUGGCGGUGGUUUUCGUUGGGAUAAGCUCGGUAAUGGCGGUAAUGGCGAUAGUUGAAGGGAAAACGAAGAGAACGAGAUUGGUACCGGAGGUUGAAGAUGAAAGCUCCUUCUUCGAAUUAUUCACUGCGGUGCCAGUUCUUGUCACAGCCUUCACCUUUCAUUUUAAUGUUCAUCCAAUAAGUUUCGAGCUUCGAAACUCGAGAGAUAUGAUGACGGCAGUUCGAGUGGCUCUCCUUCUAUGUGCCAUCAUAUACUUCACUAUAGGCAUUUUUGGGUACUUGCUAUUUGGGGACUCUUUAAUGUCGGACAUUCUAACCAAUUUUGAUCAAACUUUUGGUUCAUCAACAGGAGCUUUAUUGAAUGAUAUUGUGAGAUUAAGCUAUGCAUUUCAUCUCAUGCUGGUUUACCCUUUGCUCAACUUCUCAUUAAGGUUCAAUAUAAAUGAAUUCUUGUUCCCAAACAAGCCUCCUUUGGCCUCAGCUACACCAAGGUUUUUUACCAUAACAAUGGCUUUGCUCCUCUUCUCCUACUUGGCUGCAAUUGCUUUCCCAAAUAUUUGGUCCAUUUUUCAGUUCAUGGGCUCUACUUCAGCAGCCUGCCUUGCCUUCAUCUUUCCCGGUGCCAUUGCCCUCAGGGAUGUGAAUGGAAUAUCCACAAAGAGAGAUAAGAUGAUUGCUUCAAUAAUGGCAACUCUAGCCGUGGUGACAAGCAUUAUUGCUAUUGCUACAAACAUAAACAAGGCAUUGAAUAAUAAGUCUUAAGAAAUCAUUAAUGUUUUGGGAAUUUCACUUUUUGUUUUUGGGUUAUAGCAAUUAAGAGUGGAUUUAUAGUUUGUAAUCAUUCCUCUCCUAGAUCCAAUUUUGUAUAUUUUGUAAACAAUAUUUUAAUGCUUACUUUAGUAGUGAUUUCCCUUUUAGUUUUCAAA